AUGUUAUCGCUCGCCGUGUUUUCAGUGAACCUCAAUUCAAAUGCCUUGAAAGGCCUGCCAAAUCUGCGAGUCUUGGAUUUGUCCAACAACGAGAUUGUACUCAAGGAAAGCGAUGUCGAUUUUCUGACCCACACUCCACGGUUGACUGAAUUGUAUCUGCGGCGAGCCUUCACUGCCACCAUUAACAGAACAGUACAGUUUGAUUUGAUGAUGAGGAUGUUCAAAAAGGCUAAUCUGAAACAUUUGGAGGUUCUCGAUCUGUCGUACAACUUUCUACAAACAGUUCCAUUCGAAUUGCCAUGUCCGUUUCCAUCAUUAACCUCGCUUGAUCUUCGGCAAAAUUUCCUUAAAACUCUAACUGUCAAUUCCUCAUGUCUGUCAAACGUUCGAUCUCUCGAUUUGAGCAGAAACCAAUUCUACUCCUUGACGCCAUCUUUCCGGGAGUUGGCUUCUUCAGCACCUGCAGAUACUUAUGUGCUACGGAAUCCUUUCCACUGUGAUUGUAAAUCGAACGACUACAUCACUUGGGUCAGAUCCACAGACGUUAUCCGAGAUAAACACAGUUUGGUAUGCGAUCGAGCCAGCCCUCGGAAUUAUGUCGGUGCACGUCUGGUAGAAGUUCCACUUCACAAAUUGGACUGUUCUGUGAAUCUAUUCGCAAUGAGUUCGCCACAUUAUUCCUUAUUCACGGCUCUUGUCAUUCUCUUCACAUCUUUUCUGCUUUGAAAUGUAUUCUUUUGAUCUGAUGAGUUAACAUUGGCGAAAGAGGGAGGAAAACUUCACACAAGCUUCAGGAAACAGAGUUCAGAUAAUGCGGAUUUUUUUUCUUGCGCGAAGCAGACGAAGUGAUGUGAUCAGUUGUGAUUCAGUAUAAAGUACCCAGUUUUGGGCAUACCCGUUUUCGGUGUGUACCUCUUGAGUGAAUGACUGCGAAAUUUUUUGAAUUGUAGCGCCUAUGUAAAUGGUCCGCUCAGAAUUAGCUUUUCUCGCUUUUCAGACUUUUCUAGUCCACGUCAUACCUCAUUGGGAGUGUUCAAAAUUUUUUGUUAUUGUAUUAUAUGAGCUUCUUAUGUUUCAGUAUUUACAAAGACUUGUACUUGAAUAUACGGUUUUGCAGUUCAAAAACAAAUUGAAAUUUAUGUUCAAUCUGGAAAUCAACAUUUAAAUAUGAUUCACAGUAGCGCUGUUAAAUAACACGGUUUAGUAGAUAUCACAUAAUUAUAGUGCUUCUGCGGUGACGACAACACUUGAG